AGUGAAAAGGAACAAAAUUUGCAAUGGGAGGAGGAGGAGGAGGAGGAGGAGGAGGAGGCAUUGACGAGCUGACCGAAGAUGAGAAGAGAGCUCUCAGAGGAAGUAAAUUCGCUCCGCUUACUUCUCUUCCGUCCUCUUCUCGUUCUCAGCAGCCCAGAUUGGCUCAUCCAGGUGGACCCUUGAAGACGAACAAAGCGGCGGCUUUAGCCAAGUUUCUUGAGAGGAAGCUGCAGGAUCCUAAUGGGUUGUCUUCCAUUGAUCCAGAUCUUCUCGAAUUGGCUGUCAAAAACGCCCGAGACACCGUUAUUUCCAGUGGGGCUUCGAGUUCAGGAAGAACAAUCCAACACGUUGCCUCAUUUGAAGACGUCGAGGUAUCUUCUGAUGACGAUAAGGUAGAGAACACAAAGCUUAAGAAAAAGAAAAAGAAGAAAAACGCAAAGAAGAAAAAAGAUGAGAAAAAGAAGAAGAAAAACAAAAAGCAUAAGAUCAUGGUCGAUGAAGAUGCCAAGUUGAAGAGACCCAAUAAGAAGUUGAAGCUUUAGUUUGCCCUUUUAUUGUUGUGCAUUACUGGUCACAUAUUUAUAAAGAUGGUUUAGCUGAAUCUUUAGCAGAACAAACUCAAUCACCAGUAUCUGUCUGUUCCAAUGGAUUGGUUUAUCCGAUGGUUAAAGAUUAGGGUCAUGAUCUUUCUUCUUUAUUUCGGUUAGCUUUCUCGGGAUUUGUUUGGUUAAAUCUGAGACUGGAGUUAGUUUGUGGUUUUAGAACAAAUAGCUUCAUGAAUCUGAAAUUUGUAUUUUGGUUGAA